GGGGGCCGGGGCUGGGGCCGGGGCGGAGCGGGGCCGAGUGGGGCCAUGGAGCGGUUCGGCGGCGGCGGGUACGAGGCGGCGGAGCUGUCUCGGCAGCAGGAGCGGCACUACCGGCUGCUCUCGGAGCUACAGGCGCUCGUGAAGGCGCUGCCCAGCUCCUGCCAGCAGCGGCUCUCCUACACGACGCUGAGCGACCUGGCGCUGGCCCUGCUGGACGGGACCGUGUUCGAGAUCGUGCAGGGGCUGUUGGAGAUCCAGCACCUCACCGAGAAGAACCUCUACAGCCAGCGCCUCAAGCUGCACAGCGAGCACCGCGGGCUGAAGCAGGAGCUCUUCCACCGGCACAAGGAGGCCCAGCAGUGCUGCAGGCCGCACAACCUGCCGAUCCUCCGCGCCGCCCAGCAGCGGGAGAUGGAGGCUGUGGAGCAACGAAUUCGAGAGGAACAGCGAAUGAUGGAUGAGAAAAUUGUCUUGGAACUGGACCAAAAAGUCAUAGACCAGCAGAGCACUCUGGAGAAGGCUGGGGUAUCAGGCUUCUACAUCACCACCAACCCACAGGAGCUGACUUUACAGAUGAACUUACUGGAACUGAUUCGGAAGUUACAGCAGAAGGAAUCUGAGUCAGAGAAGGCCUUCUCCUGAACAAGCAAAUCUGCUGUUUACUUUCCAGAGUUUUCUUCUGAAUUCCCUCUAAAGAAUAGACUAUUAAUGCAUUUGCUUUAUAUUAUAUCAGGAAGGGGCUACUGGUCUGCAGCUGUAGAAGAAAUAGCUGUGUCCCUUAGGUAACCUUUAGAGGUGGGGGAAGCAGACCUCCAGAGCAGAGCAGAGUCUGAAACUGGAGAGCUUCAGAGUGCCUUUCCACUCCUCGGAACAAGAUGCAUGUUGCAAUUCCUGCGGCAUUGCAAAGUGUCACGAAGACAAGAGAUGACAGAGGGCAUUAGUCUGCCACAGUACAGCCUGCAGUGUCAGUGAGGCAGUCUACUAAGUUGAGAGAGACUAUUGUAGGCAUCAAGUCAGCAAACCCAAACCACUGGCGUAUGGAUGUUCUCUGUUAUCUAAGGGAGUGAAGCUGAGUUUGUGAGCAGUGUCAUCUCCAAAUUACAAUCUCCUCUUCUGAGUCAAGGAGGAAUGAGUGUCUCUGAUAAAGGAUGGAAGAAGUGGGUAGCUGCCCUGUCAGACAGGAAGCAAAGCGUGUUGGCCUUCCGGUGCAGCCUCAGUGUGCAGAUAGCUGGCGGAUGGGGAAAAAAAAAAGUUUAUCUACAAGAAGAUGUGUUCGUGUGUGUUGAGGCAGAAACGGCAUCCUAAACAGGCAGACCCCUUACAGAGAGACAUCUAGGCAGUUAACAGCAUAGGCUUCUCCUCUGAGUUUUAUUAAGGGAGGAUUUUAUUAAGGGAGGCCUCUGUCCACCUGCACUGGACUGUGACGUGACGUCAGUGGUGUUUCCACCCGAGUCAGGUAGCAGAAAAGGCUUCAGAGCUUUUGCUUUGUUACUUCAAAACAGUUUCCAAAUGAAUAGAAAUAAAAUACUAUGUACAGCCUC